CUCCCACACAGCACCGCAGAUCCCACGUGUCAUCCAGUGGCUCUUCCGGCGCGAUGCCUACCAUUGCAGUCGAUAAGGAAGCCUUCUACAAGGCCAUUGGAAAAGACCCCAAUACCUACACCAAAGACGAAUUUGACCAGCUAUGCUUCGAUUUCGGCAUUGAGCUGGACGAGGACACCUCGGACAGCAAACGGCCGGUGAUCGACGGUGUCGAGGAGAGGCCGCAGCUGAAGAUUGAGAUUCCGGCCAAUCGAUAUGACAUGCUUUGCUUCGAAGGCAUCGCCCUGGCUCUGAAUGUUUUUCUGGGCCGGCAGCCGAUGCCAAAAUUCACACUGGCUCCGCCCAAGGAUGGCAAGCUAUUGACUGUCCAUGUCGCCAAGGAGACCGAGCAGAUCCGCCCGUACUUCUCCUGUGCUAUUUUGCGUGGCAUUAAAUUCGACAAGGCGCGUUACGAGUCCUUUAUUGCUCUUCAAGACAAGCUACACCAAAACCUCGCACGUCAACGCACAUUGGUUUCCAUUGGAACACACGAUCUGGACACAAUUGAGGGGCCGUUCUCCUACGAGGCACUUCCUCCGGACGAGAUCAAAUUUGCCCCACUGAACCAAACCAAGGCCAUGACUGGGAGCGAGCAGAUGGAGUUUUACGAGAAAGACAAGCAUCUGUCACGGUAUUUGCACAUCAUCCGUGACUCACCGGUAUAUCCCAUCAUCUACGACAAGAACCGAACAGUUCUCUCGAUGCCACCAAUCAUCAAUAGCAACCACUCCAAGAUCACGCUCGAAACCAAGAACGUCUUCAUUGACAUUACGGCGCUCGACGAGACGAAACUUGAACUCGUCAAUCACGUGUUGUGUGCCAUGUUCUCGCAGUUCUGCACAGAGCCAUUCACCAUCGAGCCUGUGCAGAUCGUUUCGGAGCACAACAAGCGAACACGGCAAACACCCAGCCUGCAACCUCGCAAAACUCAAGCAUCGGCCUCCUUCAUCAACUCUGUCUGUGGACUGACAGAGUCGCGAGAUUCGCUCUGCCAAUUGCUAGAGAAGAUGGCAUACGAUGCUCGCCCUUCUGCAGAUGACGAAGACAAGCUUGACAUUGACAUUCCCAUCACUCGUGCGGAUGUGCUGCACCAGGCAGAUAUCAUGGAGGAUGCUGCCAUUGCCUACGGCUUCAACAAUCUUCCCAAGUCCUUCCCUGCUUCGUCCUCGUCUGUCGCUGCGGCACUGCCUAUCAACAAGCUUGCAGACAUUGUACGACUGGAGUCUGCCAUGGCAGGUUGGAGUGAAGUCAUGCCAUUGAUACUGUGCAGCCACGACGAGAACUACGCAUGGCUGAACCAGAAGGAUGAUGGCAAGGCAGUACGAUUGGCAAACCCCAAGACUGCCGAGUAUCAGAUUGUACGCACAUCCCUCGUGCCAGGCUUGCUCAAGACCAUUCGAGAGAACAGACGCCACGCAGUACCGAUGAAGAUCUUUGAGGUCGCGGAUGUGUGCUACAAAGAUGCAAGUCUCGAACGACGCAGUAGAAACGAGCGACACUUCGCGGCUGCUUGGUACGGAAAGACCAGUGGUUUCGAACAAGUUCACGGUCUGCUUGAUCGCAUCAUGCUCAUGCUGAGGUCGGCAUUCAUCACGAGGGAAGAUGGUCUCCAAAAGGAAGGUUUACAGGGCUACUGGAUUGAGGAGGUUGAUGAUCCCACCUAUCUGACUGGCCACUCGGCAGCAAUCUAUCUGCGGCUUGCUGGCACUGAAGCGCAGCGCAUCGGAACCUUCGGCAUCUUGCAUCCGCUGGUGCUCAAGAAUUUCGAGCUCCCCUUCCCAACAUCAGCGCUCGAGAUCAACUUAGAGGUCUUCUUGUAGCCUCUCGAGCUCAGCCGGGCUGAACACGAUUCACUAUGAUCCUCGCAUGAGGUGUAUAUGAUAGACUGACGGGAUGUGGCCGCCUAGUGUCCCGCUGUCCAUUGCAGGCUUGCAGCGAUGGUCGCGGCCUCAUUGUUCGAGCCCCGAUACCACUGAUGCUUCGCACACGUCAUUCACCACCUUGACGAUGCUCGACCACGUUCUGCAGUAUAUGCCAAGGGGCCACGGCAUUCCUCUACCUUACUUUAGAAAAUGAAGGGAAUCAUUCUCGAUCUGCUCCGCGUGUGCUCCUCUCCGAAUUUUCGUGCGUACCACUUUUUCGUGCCAUCAGCAGUAACGCCUAGGUUAAUAGCAACAAACGCCAAGGCACAGAGAAGUGUCCCAUUGCAAACGGAAUGAGCCGGUGCGGCCACUAUUGCUAUGGCAAGAUAAAUCAAGCAUUCUGCAAAGUAGUGCGGCGAGAGUGACAAGUUCCAAGCUGGAUGUUCAGGUAGGGAGUAGUCUGUUGAGGGGGCAGACCCGUCCCGGCGAUUUCGUGAGGCUUUCAGCGAAGCGAGGUAGGCGUGACAAUCGUGUUGCAGUCCGGCGGCCAGAAUAUAAGCCAGGACACCAAGAAAGAUGCGAAGGCUUGGUGCCCUGAGGGUAAAGUCUUGCAUGGCGAAAACAUGAUUGUGUAACGCAGCUGAGCGGCAAUUAGCAACGGGAUGCAGUGCAAGCAUGAUGUUCACUCACCAGUGCCCUCGAUCCAGAUAGAGACACUCGUACACAGAUAGAACAACAUGCCCAACGCCCAGUGGCCUAUCCACAUGCUCGCGGCCGAGGGCUUGGACCAACACAGACACUCAUAUAAUCUCCUCGUCCCCUGCAAGAACAUCAUGAGCCAGGCCACUUGGACCUGACCUACAGUCAUCGAAGCCGAAGCCGAUGAAUGUCGUUGUAGUGGUAGUUGAGAACGAGCAAUGGCGGUAAAAGCAGGCCCCUUGGAUAUGAGCUCGACGGCCCAGUAGAGCGAAGCGGCCACAGACAGGGCAUAAAAUGAGGCAAACCAGCCGUGCGGCACGCGUAUGCUGGCGAGCACGUCCAGCAGCGUCGUGACCAGUCUCGUGGCAGACGGACUGCUUGCAUUCUGGGCCGUCGAGGUCGUUCUCCUCGUGGCGUCCGUGUCGUCGGAGCGGGCGCCGUAGGAGAGGAAGC